AGCGGUUCUCGCUUUCUGUGACACAAAGAGGAGUGUCAUGCAGCAUAAAUUUCAUACGAAUUCCGUACACUCGCAACGCGUCGCAGAUACUUUUCGGCAAAGUUUUCCGCAGGAAAAAGCCAGUGUAAAUAAAUUGAAAAAAAAAAAACCGAAAAAUGGGCGACAGUUCCUCUUAGUUAUUAACAAAUCGGUGUAAAUAAAUGGGUGUGUUCGUUAAACGUUAAAUUAGUGAAAAUUGAAUAAAACAGAAGAAAGAAUAGACGACGAACGUAAAUAAAAGACGUUGAGGUGACGGAGACGCGAAGAGUGAGGAGUGGCAGGCAGAGCGAGAGAACAACGUGUCGAGCAACAAAUUAAUAAUACAACAAUAACAAAAAAUCAGAUAAAUAAAAAGCAACACAAAUUGAAAACAAAAACAACAAGAGCAGCAGCAGCAGCGAUUCUGGAUUUCUAGAGGCAGCGGCACAUUCAAAAGAUGGGCUGUGGACAGAGCAAGAUACAUUUGUAUCCCAGGAAAUCGAAGAGUAAAGCGAACGGCAAGAAAGGAGGACAUGCCGACUCAGAUGCCGAAACGGACGAGGACGAAGGCCACAUCGAGGAUGCCGAGAAGGCACAGCAGCGCGACCGCGAGAAGCACGACGAGAGCGAGGAGCUAAGCAAUAAGGACAUCCAGGAAAGCGACGAGGACGUGGCCGUCUCACUGCUGCGCGCCAAGAACCUGUCGCUGCUACAAAGCCAGGAAAUAUCAUCUAGCCAGCAGAACUUCUUCCGCAUGCUGGACAAGAAGAUCGAUGAGGGUCCCGACUACGACUCGGCCAGCGAGACGGAGAUCGCUUUGGAGGAGGCUCGACUAAACGCCCUGCGCCAACAUUGGGAGUCCGCCAGCAUAACGGCCUCCAUCUGCUCCUCGGCCAGCCGCUCGCUGCAGACGACGCCCAUCCGCCAGGUGCAGGUGCCAUUGAAGCAGCCGCCGCGUGGCGCCGGCCUGCUGCUCCAGCCUUCCAGCGCCUCGGCGGUCACCGCCUCCACCUCCUCCUCCUCCUCAUCGACGAUAGUCGCGCUGCCCACGACGGAGUAUCUACCUCAGCAUGUGUUGACGGGACGGCAAGUGGUGCAGCAACAACAGCAGCAACAAGCGGCAGUGCUCUACCAGCAGCAGCAGCAGCAACUAAUCCUGCUGCCCCAGUUGGAUCCUAAUGUUGUCAACACGUCCACGGCAGCAGCAGCGGCACAGCUCGUCCAGUUGCAGCAGCAGCAACAGCAGCAGCUACAGCAACAGCAGCACCUACAGCUGCAGCAGCAACAGCAACUGCAGCAGCAACAGCAGCUGCAACUCAAUCAACAGCAGCAGCAACUCUACCAACAGCAGCAACAGCAAUACCUGCUGACCUUUCCCGCCGGAUCAAAGCCACAGAGCGUAAGUCCAAAGCGCCUGAUCUAUGGUGGACCCGCUGCAACCACUCUCCUCUGUGCAACUGGCAUCAAAUGCAACGCCCCCGAAACUUACGAACCGCCAACCGCUCCACACAGCCAAAUCCAGCAGCAACAGCCACCGCCUCCUCCGCCGGGCGCCUACUACGGAGAGAUGAUGCACGGCGUACAGGCCGCUCCAGCGGCGGAAUACAAGUUCCCGCCGGCCAUCAGCGUGCAGCGACUGGCGCCGCAGGUGCAGCGGCAGCUGCGCGAGACGCAGGAACUCAUAAAAGACUCGUGCCCGCAGCUGUAUGCUGCGGGCUAUGGCAGCCCAGGACCACCGAUACGCAAUCCCAGCAGGAACCCCACUAGAACUAGACCCACCCUGGAGACGCAGUUCUCGCAGGAACUCUCGUGAUAUCUAUAUAUGUAAACAGCCGGCAGACGGAGGAUGCACCCACGUUCAGACACACACACAACCACUCACACUUGGAAAAACUGCAGCCAAAGAGGAACGCUAAAAUUAACCAAAAUUAUAAGAAUACGAAACCCGUGACAAAACCACACAGUAAAAAAAUCCAAGAAAAUGCCAAAAAAAAAACAACCAAAAAGAAACUUCAAAAUGAAAGAAAAUCAAUUAAGAAAUUGUAAAACUGCACUCAAUGUUUCAGACCCU